CUUAAACUGGCAGAAAUGCGCUUACUUAAAGAGCACCUAAGUGAUUCUCCACAUUAAGAUCAGGACUCUUGUCAUGGUUAGUGCUACUAAGCCUGUGAAAACACUUUCUUAAAGGUGUCCUGUGGAAGAAACAAAAGAUAUGUUUAUAUUCACCGUUUCUCACCAAAAAAGUGCUAUGUAUAUUCUUGAUACGUACCAAAGGUGAUGAAUUUAUUUCCCUCCUCAAAACAUUUGCAAAGCUGAUUUAAAAAAAAAAAAAAAAGUAUUUUAAUUGUUUACAUUCGUGUUUGCUCGCUUGCAACGUAGCGUAAUGGCCGCGUUUCAUGGCACCUUACCAACACCUGUCGAUCAGUGGAAUCGUGUGAUACGGUUGGCAGGAAUGUGUGUUAUGUCACCUGUGUGUAUGUGCAGACCUGCCAAAAAAAAAAAAAACCCUGCUCAAUAGUAAUACUAGGGGUUAAAAUAACUAAAGAAAAAGAAUAACUCAGGGUAGCCUUAAAGGUGCUAUAUGUUUUCUCUGCCACCAAACGCGGUUUCAUGCCAGGAGCGGGUGGUUUUCUUGACAAGAGCUUCAGCCAUUAUUGCGUUUACAAGUUAAGAGGUUAUAAUACGCCCUCCGAGCAGCGCUACGUUUUCAGGGUGGAUUGGAGGCUACAGUGAACUGCUGUUGGAAAGUGACAGGACAACCGGGGCUAGCUGAUUAGUGUGCUAACUACAGUAGAAGAAAAGACGUGAUAGAGACAUUGGUGUUGCUUUGCACCUCUGGAGACAGCUCUUGGAGAGCAAAGGGCUGAAGUCUGAUGCUGCACUCACAAUGUUUCUUGUACACUGGUAAGUAAACAGCUGUUGAUGCUAACAUUGGCUAUAUAGCAACAACAAAACUUAAAAUUGCUCCUUUUAGGUCUGGGAAAAUAACCCCAAUGAUGUCAUCAGGGUGUGUAGGUUUAUACAAGGACUACAAUACAACAAUGUCAUCUGGCAAAGCAAUGGGGUGACUAAUCAAAUGCAUGCAACCACACCAUUGUGGUGGGUUAGUUUGUAACAUGAACGCCCCUAUUUCUACUGUUUACCAUUGAGACAACAGAUGAAUAACUGCUGUUGCGACAACUUUCCAGAGUAGUUAAAUCCUGUCUGAUAGCAUUAUAAAAAAUUUGCGCAGUGCUCUGGCAUCUGAUAAACCUUCAAACCCAUCUGUUACCCACACUGCACUUUGUUAUUAUUUCAUGUCUCACAGGUACCUGUAGCAACAAACCCCCGCCAACACAUUUUUUAUUUUUACGCAGGGCUGUUUUCAGUCUGCUCGCUGAUGGAAGAUACUGGUUGCAAAGUCAGGAUAUCUCGACCUCUGCAGCUCUGGUUUUGAACAUCUUUCUUUUUAAGGAGUCUCUCACCGGUCCCCACACUUAAUGGAAGAACAACACUAAAUCACUAGAGUGGCCCUUUAAAUGACUAACCUAAUUAAUAAGCUGAUACAUUACUCCUGAUUUUUAAGUUUUAAUUGUGCAAAAUAAUAACAUUUUUCACCUCUGUGGAAUAAUUUCAACACCUUCUUUAGUGAGGCAGACGUCUUGUUUAUUGUAGCCUAUCAGCUCAUGUUGUCUUUUGUCUUUUUUUGCCUUUUGUCUUUUUAUGCAAAUUUGCAUAAAACUUCUCUGCUGAACUGAUGUUUCAUGGUGGCGCAUUAUCAGCACUAACUGGCGGUCAUAGUGGUCACACCGGUCACACCACGGGUUUGACUCUACAUCACUAAGAGGCAGCCAUGUAUCACACAAACCUCCUGUUAUUUUGUCAUUUGGAUGUUCAGCCGUUAGAGGCCAAGCGAGGGGGGGAACCUUUUGAUCCGCGCUUCCUCGCAGCAGAAAUGAUUCACCUGUUUAUUCAAAUGACAACCUUAAGCUGAUGAUUAAAGUGUAAUAUGUACUAACGCGGAAUCUCAGCAUCCCACACACACACACACACACACACACACACACACACACACACACACACACACACCAACACUGGAGCUCCGCCACAGCCUGCAGCUGCAUUGACGGUAAACAGAGCAAGGUAGCGCAUGGGCAGCCAGCAGGGAAUUAUUCCACAUCGCAUCACAUCCCUGAGCAUACAUGGCGUCCUCACACACCGAGCCAUGAAUUUAGUGUGCAGGCUGACGGGGUAGCCGCCAAUUUUUUUUUUUUUCCUCUCUUUUUUUAUUUUUUUAUUUUUUUAUUUUUUGCAGCCAUCAUUCUCUGCGUCGGUGUGCAGCAGUGGGGAAGAUUCAGCGCACAUUGCUACGAUAGGUAUCAUCAUUUUUCGGGAUCAAGACGAUGGAUGUGGGUUCAUCCGGAUCUAUUCCUGCGAAUACGGCGGACGGGCGCGAUUCUUCUUUCUUUCUUUUCUUUUUUUUUAUUCAAGACGCAUCCACAUCUUCCGUAUGUUGCAAGGUGUCUUUGAAAAGGGAGCGGAGGAAAUGAGAAGAAAGGUCUAUUUUGACUCACGCCUGUCGAGAUGGAGGCAUCAUUAAGAAGACCUGUACAUUCAAGAUCAAACACACCUCAUUAGAUCAUUAAGGAUCACUGUCAUUCUGCGUAAGAGCAAAGAGCCAUCUCUUAGCUGUGACCUGCAAUGUUUUUUUUCUAUGAGCGCUGAAUCACAGCGAAGACUGAUCCCACCGUCGACCCGAUGUAGGAACUGCUCCCUCCGAUUCCCACAACCUCUACUCUUGCUUGGAUUUCAGCAUUCAGUCAAAUCCACCAGGACAGAGUAUGCCAUCUGCACCUUUUCACAGAAUCCUACGACCCCUUCUGCUCGGCACGUUUAUCCUGGGAUGCUUUGUGACUCUGUUUUUGAUGUAUUUUAAACCAUCCACCAGCUGGUUAUCAGGUCCCGUAGAGUCAACAGCAUCCACAGACCGGGUUAAGAACCUCUUCUCCACCAAGAGUGAUAAAAACGUAACCACCGUGCUGAUCUGGCUCUGGCCUUUCGGACAAACCUACGACUUGAGUGUCUGCAGCUCUCUCUUCAACAUCGAGGGCUGUUUUAUCACUGCAGACAGAAACCUCUACAAUAAGUCAGAUGGGGUCAUCAUCCAUCACAGAGACAUCUGCACUGACCUGUCCAACCUGCCGCCGUUCCAGCGACCAUCCUUCCAGAAGUGGAUAUGGAUGAACUUGGAGUCGCCGUCACACUCGUCCCAGCUGCCUGGGAUCGAGAACCUGUUCAAUCUGACUCUCAAUUACCGUCAGGAUGCUGACAUUGAAGUGCCUUAUGGGUCCAUCGUAGCGGCGGAGGGCGAGGAGGACUUUGUCCCGCCCAGCAAAAACAAGCUGAUCUGCUGGAUUGUGAGCAACUGGAACCAGGAUCACGUGCGGGUGAAGUACUACAAUGAGCUGUACAAACACAUCGAGGUUCAUGCGUAUGGACAAGCCUUCGGGGAGUACAUCUCUGACCAAGACUACUUCCCCACCAUCGCCAGCUGUAAGUUCUACCUGGCUUUUGAGAACUCCAUCCACAAGGACUACAUUACUGAGAAACUGUACAACCCGCUCUCUGUGGGGACAGUGCCAGUGGUUCUCGGCCCGCCCCGGCAGAACUACGAGAACUUUAUCCAGGGAGACGCUUUCAUCCAUGUGGACGACUUCACCUCGCCCAAGGAGCUGGCUGAUUACCUGCUGCUCCUGGACAAGAAUGAGGAAAUGUACCUCAGGUACUUUGAGUGGCGGCGGCACUUUAAAGUAAAGAAGGCCUAUUUCUGGGCAGAGCACACAUGCCUGGCUUGUGAUUACCUGCGUAGGCACAAGGAGUAUAAGGCAUUCAAUAACCUUGAUAAGUGGUACUGGGGUGGAUAAUGCUUUGAAGGGCUAUGCAGUGCUUGUUUUGUUGUUGAAGGCAGUGCUUUAAGAUUUUUGUCCUUCGGUUGACAUGAAGGUUCAUUACUGUUCUGUCCAGAGCUCCCGAAUGAUGUUUUUCUAUUGGUUCAGUGGCCCGGUGAGAUGUCUUGUUUGUUUGUUUUUUUUUAAUUUGCAAGCCAAUUUUGCUAAGCCUUACUUUGCCUUUUGAGUUAUCAGUUAUUAUUUGUAUUUAUUUUUUAUGAAUUACAAAUGCACUACAUUUUUUUUAAUUGUUAUUUCAACCCAUGUUUUGCUUAACAUGACCACAUUUGCUGCUAUUUUUAAUGUUUUUGUUCUAUUAUUAGUAUGAAUGCUUGAUUGUAUGAAUGUUCCUGUGUAACAGAUAAUAUUCAUGAUGCAAGGUUGUCAUUUUUUCUUUAAAUAUCACCUUCUCAUGAAGUGGCACACAGCAGACCUUGCUGCAGAAGGAGACUGACAUAAAAGUGAAAAUAUUUAUGUAAUAUUUAUUCAAGUGAGGCAUUAUAUGAUAAAAACAAUCUCAUCUGUGCUAGUGAUGCUGUCACCUAUGCAGUGUUUACUGAACUCAAAUGUGAAAGUAGGUCAAUUGUGUCAUGUACAUAUUGUGUACUUUUGGAAUUAUGUAGCUGUCAUUUUUUCAUAUUUUUGUAUGUUUGCAUUUGCACUUCUAAUUCAACUGUUACCUAUCUUUACAUAUGUACAGUAAGACAGACGGUCAUCGUAGUAUGUGGUUGUUGAUAGCAUAUGGUGAUCAUUACUCCGGUAGUCUCCAAUAGCAGAUGUGACUCUGCUCCGUGAGAGGGAGGUUACUAUUUUAAUCAUGUUAUGAAUUGUUCAUUGUCACAUGUAAUGUGUCACAGUGCAGUUGGAUCCCAUGUGGAUGAUGAUAGUACAGUACAUUCAUUGUACUGCAAUGUGAAAGUCCCACACAACCCAUUAUUUUGCAUUCUGAUUCGAUCUACAAAAGUCUGUAAUUUCUAACUGAUACGGUGACAGGAAAGAGCAUAAAAUUUAUACAUAACUGAAUCAUUUUAUUAAGCGAUUUUUCUGUGUGUACUGUACUCUCAUCCUACAAUUUGACUUUUAAAAAUUAACACUGAUAUUUUCAACUAUUUCACAAACACUUUGACCCUAUGUUAACAUAGGUAAACUAUGUUAACAUAGGGUCAAAGUGAGUGUGAAAUAGACCAGAUCUGACCAUGUGAGCUUUACUCACAUGUUUGGGACCUGUUAAGGAAAAAUGGGAGAUAUUCACGAUUACUGCAGGAUUAUCCAUGUUUCUGUCUUUGAAUCAUCACACCACAACGUUGCCUGGGGAGUUGGCGGUUGCAUGUGAAAGAUAUUCUUCUGGAUUUUUUUUUUCUUUUUGUUCGUAUACAAUCCUGUUUACAGCACAACACCACUCAAGAUCACACUACAAAAAGACAGCUCUUCAUCUGUUGAUAUCACACCACUUGUAAAUGUUGUCAAACAGCUAUUUCACUGAACAAUGCAUCUCAACAGCACCCAGCAGCUAUUGACACGAUGGUUACAUUUUUACUCAAGAACUGUGCAAAACCAUGUCAACAUUUUAUGCAAGAUAAACCGGUGGCUUCUUCUAAAAUAUUCUAACGUGUCAGGUUAUUAUCAUUCUGAUAUUUCUUCACUGUCAAAGGGACCAUUGAUAUAAAUUAUGAUGAAUUCAAUUAUUUUUCUUAUAUAAAUAUGGCCCUAAAUGCCAUAACGAAACCUGUAUAUAAACCUUGUUGUAAACUGAAUCAUCAUCUGGAUCCAAUGAGCCCACUAACACAGAUCAGUCCUGUCUGUGAAUCUGAACCAGACUGAGGGAGCUCCUGCAGUGGUUGCAUUCAUGGAGAAAGGAAGCAGUGUGUUGUAUAUAUUUUUAAUGUUCAAAUCUCUUUGAAACAUGCAAGUGUUGUCAGGCAGUGAAUGUGAUUUCGCUGUAUCUUUGUAAGUAAAGCUUGUGCUUCGAGAGACUGUGAAUCAAGACGAAAGGAGAGAGACACUUGAAAAGGAUAACCAGCGUCAGAGACAAUGGUUUUAGUGUUGUAAGGUGGAUGAUUUCAUCAGGCAAUUUUACACUGAAGAAGUUGUUUUUUUUUUUUUUUCCUGAUUAGGCAGUAAUCCUGUUGGCAUGACCCAAUUGAAAAAGUUGUACGAAAUCGCAGCAGAGAUAUAGCACUUUUAUUCAUGUGGAGUUGUGUGACUCACUGUGCUGGUGGCUGUCUUAGAUGGAGCUUUUGUGAGUUCAGAAACUGUCAUCCAAGACCUCAGCCUGUCCCACAGAUUAACUAUGAAGCUGCCACUCAUGGUUUCAUAUUGUACAGUCCAAUCUCAUGUAUGAAAACAAAGGUUUCUUGUCCAAUGUGGUUAGUGACUUUAAGAAACAAAAGAUUUGUUUUUCUGCGUGUUGUCUGUCUCUGUCAUCCUCUCUCCCUUUCUCUCUUUUUUUUUUUUUUUUCCGCACUAAAACAAAAAUGGGGAGCUGUGGCUUCUCAGCUCCCAGCCCCCACCCCCACCCCCACCCCACCCCCGUCUGAGUCUGUGAGUGUGUCACAGCACCAGAGAGUGAAUCAGGAUGUCUCUGGAUACUGUCUGACCUGGCACUGAUAUUGCUGGAGUCCUUAAAAACACUGUAUACUGAGUAGGACGAAAUCUUCAUGUGUGGUCGAACAUGAAGAUUUCUCCAAAAAUGCUCAUUUUCUGCCAGUUCACUGAAAUGAUCAGUGAGUCAAUCAGUACAAGUUUUUUGCCAAAUCAAUGUAUUUUGCCAAAUGUUGUGUUUUAACUGUAGAUGUCUGAUAGUGUCAAAAAAAAUAAAGAUAUGGAUAAAUGAGUAAACACGAA